AUGACUCCUACAGGCGGGAUCACACCGAGUCCGACACCGCCGCUUCCGACUCGGGACGAGGAAGAGAGGCAUCAUACGACGAUUGAUCCUUUUUCGGUACAUGCUUCAACUUCGAACAAAUCGAACGGGAGGGGGAGGGGGAGGGAUGAUUCGACGAUAGUUGAGAUCGGCCCUUCGGCGGGGCAGGAGGGCGAUGAUAAUGACAAUGACGACGACGACGAGGAUGACGAUGAGGGUCUAGAAGGAGCUGCCGUUCCUUCGAGAUGGAAACAAUCCGAUGGAAGGGAAGAGGAACUUGCCUUCUUGACCGAGGACGAACUCGAUCCGGAAGACGAAGAAAUCAUCACCACCUCAAGAACGACCGACCCUGCUUCGAUGAGGCCGUCUUGGGCGACCGAAUCGGAGUGGGAGGAGGAUGGGAAUGAGACGGAUGGUCCGGGGCUUCAUCGGAGGAAGAAUAGGAGGGUAUAUGGUGGAGGAAGGCACGGGGAUGCCCUCAAGGGAGGGAGUCUGGGUCCGGGCGAAGUCGCGGGGAUGAUCUUGGCCAGCACGUAAGGCUCGAACGCUCUGGUUUGAUCCGGGCAGGAGGCGCCGCUUCAGUUGCUGAUCCAGGGAACAUCCAAUCGUACAGACUGAGUCCGACGCCUUUGUUGAUGCCUCAUGCGGUGGCAUUGUUGGGGAUCGGGCUCUUCCUGCCUGUACUCUUCUUGACGGCGGGGCUGAGUUGGUUCUCCUACGUCGUGACCGGAGUCGAAGCUCGCUACGUCGGAUCCAGGUGCGUGCAUGGGAAGCUAGAAUUGCUCAAAUAUGUCGCUAAUACGAGGCGUAUCUGGGAGUGCAGGUCAUGGAUCUCCCUCACAGCAGCCGUCUUCCCUCACCGAGCUCGGAUACAUAAAUUCGGCGAAGUGUUGGCCUCGUUCGCGGUCUUUGUCGGUUCGGCUUUGCGCGCCGUGCUCAGCGUCGUUGCGAUGAGCGAGAUCAUGGUUGACUUGCUGUUCCCGGAGAAAAAGGGCAAUCUGUGGUGGCAGCGUAUUAUCGUCGUUUGUGUGAUGGGCGUCGUUUGGGUGAGUUCAAGAAGAGUCUUCCCGUGCGUCACCUCGGGAUAGUCGCUGACCACCAGAUUAUAACCGUUCACAACAGACCGUGCUUCCACUGGUCGUGAUCCCACUGGUGCGAAAGCAGAUGCAACAAUCGCAGAACCGGGCGCACCCAGCAUUCCGAGCCUUGCUGCAACUUGUGAGUAUGGCGUCGUUCUUAAUCGUGGAUUGGGUCACUGACUACGACUACGCUUGCCUCGAAGCCCGCCUACAUUGCCCUCCUACUGUGGCCACUCGCUCUUCUUGUUCUCGGCGUCCGGCUGAAGAAGCUCAAUGCAGAAGCGGCAUUCUUUCCCCGCCCACCAAUAGAGGGCCGAGGCUUGACUUUCCCAUUACCGACUCCGCCUGGUCGAGGCAAGAAGGGUGCCGCAGGGGAGGCCAUGGGCUACUCAAUCUGGGGAGGUGAGUCGGAUAUUAUGCCGCUGCUCGUCCCCGUGAGCUGUAACUGACGAAGUCUGGAAAUCACAGGUAUCGCCUUGAUCGUCUACUCCCUGACGUGCCAGCAGGACACCUUCUUGUUCCUCACCUCUCUGGCGCGGCCUUCCUCGACCGCCGCUCGUCGAUCCUCGGGCAGCAUCGCCUCCACCUCCCGUUCAUCGCCAAACGGUCCCGUCGAAGGCCGACGGAACCAAUGGCCUCUGGCUUGCGCUCUAGGCGUCGGAGGAGCGACAAUCGUCCAACUUGGAUGGGCCUUGGUCGGCUAUUUGGGCGUCGAGAAUGGUGGAAGGGAAGGCAACGUCUUGCGCAACGCUUCGUUACCACGGGGUGAUCCAUGGCUCGACGUCGUGAGAUGGUUGGUCGUGAUGGCUAUCGCCGCGCAGGUUGAAGAUUCCCUCGCUGGAGCGUAUUCCAGAGCAGGCAAAGUCGUCGAAGCCGUUGUGGGCAAACGGUCGAAUGUGCGUGAGGAAGUGGCGGCCAAUAGUCGAGCGAGAAGGAGGAGCAGUCAUCGAGCAGGGGGUGGGAACUAUGCGUCUUUGCACUACGAUGACGACGAGGAUGAAUCCGGCGCUCGAUCGGGUGGAUUGUUCGGUGGAGCUAGGCCGACUUCGUGGCCGAGGGCGAUCUCGAGGAUCGGGGUAUGGGUCAUUGUUGUUUUCUUUGGGACGAUGGUGUGCUCUUGGGGUGAUACGGGGGAGGGAGCAGUCAGCGUCGCGGAGAUUGCGGGAGUCUCAAUGUCCGCGGUGGGAAGCUUCCUUGCACCUGGUGAAUUUUGGCUCUUCCCGAUCAGGGGUGGAAGAUGAGCAGCCUAGCUGACGACUCCCUUUUCUCAGGCCUCUUCUUCAUCGCGCUCUUUCACCUCCGUCGCCCUCGCUCCAUCUUCGUCUCGGACCCUUCCUCCCCCUCCUUCACAGCCGAUACCCUCCUAGUACGUAAAGAACAACAAGUACAGCGACGUUUGAGCGGGAGGAGGAUCUGGCAAGAUGUGAUGGUGUUUGGCGGGUUGUUACCUUAUUCGAUGGUCGUUAUCGCGAGAGGGGUGACAGCGUUGGUUCAGAGGGAGUAG